CGCCUCCCCGGUCGUCCUCCCUUACCGCGCGCGCUCCACCCGCCCCGGAGCCUCGCCCUCCGCCACGAUGAGCAAAUGAGCGCGAGCGAGGGCAUGAAAUUUCAAUUCCACUCUGGGGAGAAAGUGCUGUGCUUCGAGCCUGACCCCACCAAGGCGCGAGUGCUGUACGAUGCCAAGAUCGUCGAUGUUAUUGUCGGGAAAGACGAAAAGGGCAGAAAGAUUCCAGAAUAUCUGAUACAUUUUAAUGGUUGGAACAGUAGUUGGGAUAGAUGGGCAGCCGAAGACCAUGUGCUUCAUGAUACAGAUGAAAAUCGGAGGUUACAGCGUAAAUUGGCCAAAAAAGCAAUAGCUCGCCUGAGAGGUACAGGAAAAAAGAAGAGACGCUGUAGGUUACCUGGUGUUGACUCUGUCUUAAAAAGUGUGCCGAUUAAAGAAAAAACUCAAAAUGACGAAAACUCAAUAAGCAGUACCUGUCAGGACAGCUGUGGCAGAAAGAAUGAAGAACUAAAAGAACAUCGCCAGCGGCGUAUUAAAGUAAAGACUAAAGCGAAAAAAAAAGUAUUGUCGCUGCGCUCAAGAAAGGACAUGGAUGAAAGAACAAUAACCAUAGAUAUCCCUGAAGUUCUCAAGAAGCAGCUUGAGGAUGACUGUUACUAUAUCAACAGGAGGAAACGGUUAGUGAAACUUCCAUGCCAGACCAACGUCAUAACAAUUUUGGAAUCCUAUGUGAAGCAUUUUGCUAUUAAUGCAGCCUUUUCAGCCAGUGAGAGGCCUCGUCACCAUCAUGCCAUGAUGCAUUCACAUAUGAAUGUGCACUAUGUCCCAGCAGAAAAGAAUGUUGACCUCUGUAAGGAGAUGGUGGAUGGAUUACGAAUUACCUUUGAUUAUACUCUCCCAUUGGUUUUGCUCUAUCCAUAUGAACAAGCUCAAUAUAAAAGAGUGACAUCAUCUAAAUUUUUUCUUCCUAUUAAGGAAAGUACCACCACAACUAAUAGGAGCCAAGAGGAGCUGUCUCCUAGCCCGCCUUUGUUGAACCCAUCCACACCACAGUCCACCGAGAGCCAACCAACUAGCGGUGAACCAGCCACUCCCAAGAGGCGCAAAGCCGAUCCAGAAGCCCUGCAGUCUCUAAGGCGGUCCACACGCCAUAGCACCAACUGUGACAGGUUGUCGGAGAGUAGCUCUUCACCUCAGCCGAAGCGUCGGCAGCAGGACACAUCUACCAACAUGCCAAAAUUGUUUCUGCACUUGGAAAAGAAACAAAAGACGUCUUCCGUGCAUCUGCAGCCAUUCACGUGUCCUUCCGUACCUCCCCUGGAAAGCACCGAUCUAGAGACGCCUGUGCAUAGCAGAUCAUCUUCCCCCAUUCCUCUGACUCCGAGUAAGGAAGGGAGUGCUGUAUUUGCUGGCUUCGAAGGGAGAAGAACCAAUGAAAUUAAUGAGGUCCUAUCUUGGAAACUUGUGCCUGACAAUUACCCGCCAGGAGACCAGCCACCUCCCCCUUCAUACAUUUACGGUGCACAGCAUUUGCUGCGAUUAUUUGUCAAACUUCCAGAAAUCCUUGGGAAGAUGUCCUUCUCGGAGAAGAAUCUGAAGGCUCUACUGAAGCACUUUGAUCUCUUUCUGAGGUUUUUAGCAGAAUACCAUGAUGACUUCUUCCCGGAGUCAGCGUAUGUUGCUGCCUGUGAGGCACACUACAGCACCAAGAACCCCAGGGCAAUUUACUAAAGUUUCCAUGGUUUUAGAAAAAUAGCUAUACAAUGUGGCUUUAUAUUUUAGGUUCCAGGUGAAGCAUGAAUGAAAUGGUGGACUUCCCCUGGGGGUUCUCUGACAGAAGCAGGCUCUGUUCUUUUGGGUUGCUCACAUACUUUUAUUUCUGUUAAGAAUUAUUUUCUGACCUCAUCAUGGUAGAACAUGCCUAUAGGGGGAAUUGAUUUAAUUAAUUAAUUAAUUAAUUUUUUUUUUUUUUUGGUGUCAUGAUUACUUCCUGGGUGUCUGAAUGUGUUCCAAAGUAACACUGCUGCACAAACUGUAUGUGCUCGCAGGAUAAAAACAGCCAGAGCUGUAUUCGUAGGGAAACGUUCAUGAACAGAUACUUAGGUUAAACAUUGUUCUGGAAGCCAUUGCGGUUGGUUGUUAGCAAGAAGCACGUUGUUUGAUUAUUUGUUAAUGUUAAACAAAAUGGUUUUGAAAACUGUUUUCUGUUCAACAGAUCUUAGUUUGUGCUUGGAAGCCACAAAGUACUCUGAAAGUAUUUUAGAGGGAAUUGAUAUUGAUGGCAAAGGAGAACUUGCGACUAUGCAUUGCUUUUAGCAGUUCCCUUUCUCAGAGAUAUUAUUUUUGUUGCUCUAAAUAAAGCGUUGCCUGUCUUGUUUGAGAUUUUACAGCCAUACUCUGCCGUGUAAUGUUAUAGUUCCUUUUCUAUAAAAAUGUUAUUUUGGGUUAUCUAAAUAAAGCUUUGCCAGUUUUGUUUGAAAGAAGCAAGAGAAACUUUGCUCUGGCCUUCCCUGUUCUUUUUAUUGCAGGGCAGCAGUGGGGGUAACCCUCCCUCACAACUGUUUCCCUUGUUUUCUCUUUGUACCCUUUUGCCCCUCGCUUUUUUGCUUUGGCCUCUCUUUGCAUCGUGACUGUUGGUGGUUAUGAGAAGUCACUGUGACUCUGUGCCAACGUGUGGCUGUUCUGUGGGCCCUGGUGGGCCCAACACACGUUUAUCCUUCUCCCAAGUUUACCAGCUGCCAUGCUCUGCAGUCAUCCUUUUCAUCUUCAUUUUACUGCGCAUGCCUUUCCCCUCUAUGGUUUAGAGCACUUUCAGUGACUGGAAAGGAUACCGGUGUCAUGAAAGCAUUAAACAUAGCACUUGUCUUCUCUUAUGGCUCAGUUCAGUUGACUUUAAUUUCCAAAGGUCAUCGGUCAUGAACAACAGGAGCUUCAAGGACUUUUAACUACAAAUGGUUUCUUUAAAGUGCCUUGUGCGUCACUGACUACUAAGAUUCACUACCUCCCAGGUGGCCUGAGUAUAGACAUCUUCCUUUCUGCGUUUAGUUGCUAGUGCAGAUUCAGGUUUGUGGGGACUGAUUGGAACAGCCUUCAAGGUCCUGGUAGGUAAGAUUGUUAAUCUUAAUUGUCAAUGUGAUGGAUUUAGAAUCACUGUGGAAGCAUACUUUUGGUGUGUCUAUGGUACCGAUUCAGCAAAGUUUGUACUGAAGAGGAAAGACCCAUCUUGCUCACGAUCAGCACCAUGCAAUGGACUAGGGUCUGUGAUGCAGUAAAAAGGAGAAAGUAAGUGAGAUCCCAGCGUUCAUUUCUUUCUUUUUCCUGACUGCAUGUGUAAUGUAUAUGUAUUGCCAGUGGCUUCAUGUUCCUGCUGCCGCGGCUUCUCUGCCAUAAUGGACUGGACCGUCAAGCUGUGAGCCAAAGUAAACCCUUUUCUCAGGGACUUUGUCGCAGCAAGCACAAAAGGAGCUGAUACAGAACAUUGGGACUGAGAAGUGGGGCUGCUGUGUUAAGCCUGACCAUGUGGGUCAUGGGCGUUUGGAACGGGUUUAAAAGUUCAGAGUUUGGAACUUUGAGCCAGAGAAGUCUUAGAGUGCUGUAAGCAGAGUUGAAUGGGCAGUUCUGGUGGCGUUUUGAAAACUCAGAUGCUGAGACAAGAGCGGACAGUGGUGAACUGGCUCAUGGAGUUUUAGAGAGGAAAGGGGACUAUUGAGUAUUGAGCUACCAGCCAUUUGUGUGAAAAUCUGACAGAAUCUGGUAUCAAUCUAUGUCAUCAGGCCUAUGUCCUGGGAACUCGAGGGAGACUAGUGUCAAACUUAAUGGAGUCGUUUGCUUGGUGGAAGAAAUCUGAGGCUCGGUUGCCUUCGGACUGUGUCAUGUUUACUGACUACUGCUGUGUUCCAGGUCUCCAGUGAGGGAAAGCACAAAUGGGGCAAAAGAAGACAGGUGUGUCAACUUGGUGGGGAAAGAAAUGAGUGUAAAGGUGCGGGCAAGGCAGAUGCAGAGAAAGCAACUGGAAUUGUUAAAAGAGAUUAGCAACAUUAAUGAGAAGCCUUGUGCUCUGAAUUAGACACUACUGAUGGUUUUCUGAAAGCAAAACCCCACCCAGUAAACACUCCCUUUUGUGAAAAUAAGAAUUUAUUUGAAAGGAGAAAACCUAACCUGAGAAUAUUGCUGAAGGAGUCUCCUACUUGUAGAAAGCAGUUACCCAGGGAACCUUUCCCCAUGGCCCGCACACAAACAUCAAUAUACCUGUAGUCUGUGGAAGCCAGCACAGCAGAAUUUUGCAAAAUGUCACCCACAUGGUAGUGGCAGACAGCUGUGAAAGAUGCAUGACUAAGAGGGUCAUGGAGACGUGCACUAGAGUUCCCGGAAGAGCAGGUGAUAUGUAGCAGGGUUGGGGUCACAGUGGUGAGCCCCGAGAAGCCAUUAUGUGAAGAUGUGAAAGUGAAAGCUAAGCUUCAGUGUGGAGCCCGGAUAUGGAGGUGUGAGAACUGUGGGUCAUCACCAGAGGGAAGCUGCAAGCAUGGAGAGGAGCGAGCGAAGACAAGAGAUGGAGACAUGGGAGCCCCAAAGCCCUUUGAGGCCCAUAUGAUUCCAUUAUGAGCUCCAGAUGCCAGGCAUGUAGCUGCAUGAUUUGGUGUUUGCCCUGCUGGGUGUUGCUCUUUUCUUUGGUCUCCUCUUUCCUUGUUGCACUCUUCAUUCUUCCCUUUGGGAAUGGGGAUGUUUAUUCAUUGCCAGUGUAUAUUGAAAUUUUGUAAGUUGUUGAUUUUCUACAAGUUUACAAAUAAGAGAUUGCCUUGAGUCUCAGGUGAGACUUUGGACUGUUUAACACUGUUCGAAUUGCUAAAAGACUGAGCAGCUUUAGAGAAGGACUAAAUGCAUUUUGAAUUGUGCUAUGAAAAUGAGAGAUUAGCGGCCAGAGGCGGAAUGCUAUGAUGUAGUGAUGGUGUUUGGGGAUCAGGUUGGCCAGAGGUAGAUUAGCGAUGGUUAAUCUUGAUCGUCAACUUGGUUGGAUUCAGAAUCACCCUGGAAACACACCUGUGGAUAUGUCUCUAUGAAGGUGCUUCCCAAGAAGUUUAACUGAAGAGGGAAGACCUGCCUAAAUGUGGGUGGCAGCAUUCCAUGAGUUGGGGUCACAGACGGAUCAGAAAGGACAGAGUGGAACACCAAAAUUCAUCUCUCGCUGCUUCCUGACUGUGAGCCUUGCUGCCAUGACAUCCCCCACUGUGACGGACUGUAUGUAUCGCUUCAAACUGUAAACCAAAAU